UGAUUCUCAACACAUACAAAUCCCCUGAUCGGCCGUGACAACUCCUUUGGGCUUCAUCCAAAAUAUACAUUUCCAGUUUCUUUUUUAAAAAAUUCUGCUUUUGCACUCCAGCUUGAAUUUGGACUUUGCCUUAUUUUUGUUUUUACUACGUGUUACUGAUUGGCACCUUGCUGCUGACUUCAACGUUAUCAUGGAAGAACAAAACACAAGUCAGGAAAUGGACAGUCUUGCAACUCAAGUUGUCCCAUCCACAUCUAAUAAAGGAAAGAGGAAGUCCAAUCCUCAGGGCAAAUCUAGCAAGCAGCCAGCAGCUAAACAACAGCGUGUGUCUACACCAGGAAAAAACUCAGCAGUGAUACUGACUAAUAUUAAAGACAUUAUGGAAGAGGUCACGGCAAGACUACAAGAUCAAAAUGAACUAAAUGCUUUCCUAAAGAAAAAAAUAACAGAAUUGGACAAAGACAAGAGGGUACAAAUCGGUGUUUUUGGUGAAACCGGGGCCGGAAAAUCCUCUUUGAUAAAUGCAAUCAUUGAUGAGGAAAAUCUUUUGCCCUCUUCUGAUGAAUGUACCAGUGCAUGCACCUCAGUCAUCAUAAAGGUGGAGGCCUCAGUGGACGACAAGUAUCAGGCACUCAUUGAGUUCCUUAAAACAGAGGAGUGGAACGAUGAGUUGUGGUAUUUGCAUCAGUCAGCUGGAGAUAAAAACAAUGAAGAAACAGCUGAUGAUGAUGAUGAUGAUGAUGAUGAUGAUGAUGAUGACAUUAAUGAUUACAUUGAGAACAAACUGUCAGCACUGUACGGGGAAGAAUGGAAAAAAAAUUCACUUCAAGACCUAACGGAGAAAAAAUGUUUCAGUGACAUUCAUGAUCUUCUUAAGUCUGGGACGAAGACUUUCACGUGUAAAACUGCUAUGGACUUAUCUGGCAAACUUACCCCAUACACAAUGAAUAGCCCCUUACCUUCUCAGAGCAAAAAAGGAAAGAGGUACUAUUGGCCAAUAGUGAAGUGUGUGACUGUCAAGGUGCCAAACAAGGAUCUUCUCCAGCAUGUCACACUUGUGGACCUUCCUGGAAGUGGUGACUGUAACAAGAGCAGAGAUGAAAUGUGGAAAAGGAUUGUUGGUGAUUGUUGCGUUGUGUGGAUUGUGACUGAGAUUAAAAGAGCAGCAUCUAAAGAGACAGCCUGGAAAAUCUUGAGCCGUGUCAGUAGGUUCAUUGGAAAUGGUGGCGAGUGCCAGCGUAUUUGCUUUAUUUGCUCCAAGUCUGAUGUAACUGGAAUUUCACAUAGCCGUUUGCCAGGUGAAGUCCAUAAACUCAUAGUUAACAGAAACACACAAGCCAAGGAACAAGUAAAGCAAAAAAUAAAAAAUAAGAAGAAACCCUUCAGUGAUAACUGUUUCGAAGUGUUCACAGUGAGCUCCCGUGAGUUCCUACAAAAAGAGCAUCUAGAUCCAGAAGAAACUGAAAUACCCAAACUUCAAAAACUUCUGAAAGAGCUCAACAACCUUCACUCAGAGACAAAAAAUUAUGUGUCUGGAGCUUUUACGAUUCUGUCUCUGAUUCAAGAUGCCAAACACAAAAAAGCAGGUGAUAAAAACGAAAAUGUGUGUGCAGAACUUAAAAACACUCUGGGAUGCAAAUAUGAACAAAUCAAGAAAGAAAUAGAAGAGGUCUACAAGACCUUUGAAAAAUGCCUUAGCAAGGGGGUUGAAAACUCCAAAAAAGAAGAUGAAAACAAAUUGACGAAGUUAUUGGACAAAGAGGAUGGCCGUGGUUUUCACAGGACAUUAAAGUCUGUUGUUUUGGGAGGUGGCGUCCACAAAACAAGGAAAGAAAUAAACUUCAACGUGGAAUUAGCUUCAUACCUGACUAACAGCAUUGAUGAAAAAUUCAGCAAGAUCUUCCCGUGUGCCUCCUGGUCUGACACUAUACGAAUCAAUCCUGCAGUUACAUACAAACCAUUCAAUGGAUCCAUUAGUGCAUUUUCGCUUGGAACCGAUUUACUGACUACUGAGUGCAAAGAUCUAAAACUACAACUGGAUUUUCUCAAGAUGGAGGAAGAAAAAAUUAAGGAGAAACUCAACGAAACCAUCCGGAUAGAAAAGAAAAUGAUCUACAAUAGUCUGUUGGAGACAAUUGAGACAAAGAUGAAAGAAUGCUAUGAAGAGCUGGAGGGCCUUGUGAGCACUGCAAGACUUCAGUCCAUUACACCUUAGUGUGUUACUAAUGCUGUUCUUGGUGACUAUGGUCCCAAAGCUUCCAUCAACAUGUGCCUCUGCAGUUUUGGGCUGGUGCACCAGGCAAGAUUUUGCAUGGAGCUUCAGAGUGAGUGUGGUUAAUGGCCGUUUUAUAUUUCUUUCAUUUCUGAAAAACUUCAGCAGGGCAGCCAGGAUCCAAGUGGUCCCAAAUGCAAAUACAGACAGAGGCACUGAGUUAGACUUAAUGACAAAGCUUUAAUAACAAUCAGAACAUUUUUACUUAGAGUUCUGGACAUGAACCGCGAACUAUGGUGGGAGUCAGGUGCUUGAUGUUGUGAACAUGAAGUGGGAGCUAUAGAGGGCUCGUUUGGUACCGGGCCGCAAGAGUUGAGGCUCAGGUGUGAAAUGUAUGGUUUUCAGGGUUUUUAU